GCACUUUAGUUGGGAUCUGAAGAGAGGUAGAGAAAAGGGAGAGCGUUCCAGGGGAUGGGAGUGGAAAGCGGCCCUAGAAAUUGCGGUUCGCACAUGUAGUCGGGGCAAAAUAAAAAGCUAUUGUUAUUUAAUAAAUAGGACCGCCGAUUGGGCCAGCAAGCAGCCCCAGGCCAUCCUAGAAAGUGCGGAGGUCGUAUGGUGGCCGUUGCGUUCCAUUUUUCGGAGGCUCCAAGAACUCCCGUGCCGGGGCUGCUCCCGGGCUCAACGCGCAGUUGCUCCCGAACGCUGCUCUUCGCUUCGCGGGAGUUGUGCGGAGAAGCGGAACGUAUCACUUCCGCCUCCCCCAGGUUAGACCCUUUCCGCUUUCCGUUCUUCCCUGUGUGGAGAAGGGAGCCUCCAAACAGGUCGCUCCGGGUGGAAGGGGCGAGAGGCGCUCAGCAGCGCUGUUCCCAGGUCAGGCCCAAGGGAAGGAUGGCGGCGACGAUGGCAGCAGCCGAACGGUACUGUGUGGCCGAGGAGCGGAGUGGACACUGUGCUGUAGUAGAUGGGAACUUCCUCUACGUCUGGGGGGGAUAUGUGUCUAUUGAAGACAAUGAAGUGUAUUUGCCUAAUGAUGAAAUUUGGAUCUAUGAAAUUGACAAUGGGUUGUGGACAAUGCACCUCAUGGAAGGAGAACUCCCUACAUCCAUGUCAGGAAGUUGUGGUGCUUGCAUUAAUGGAAAACUGUACAUUUUUGGAGGAUAUGAUGACAAAGGAUACAGCAAUAGACUCUAUUUUGUUAAUUUGCGAACGAGAAAUGGAACAUUUCAAUGGGAAAAAAUCAUCGACUUUAAAGGACAGCCACCUACGCCACGAGACAAACUUUCUUGCUGGGUAUAUAAGGACAGGUUAAUAUAUUUUGGUGGUUAUGGAUGUAGGAAACACAGUGAACUCCAAGACUGUUUUGAUGUUCAUGAUGCAUCUUGGGAAGGGCAGAUAUUCUGGGGUUGGCAUAAUGAUGUCCAUGUUUUUGAUACAAACACACAGACUUGGUUUCAACCAGAAAUUAAAAAUGGAAUUCCACCACAGCCUCGAGCAGCUCACACAUGUGCAGUUCUUGGAAAUAAGGGUUAUAUUUUUGGAGGACGAGUAUUGCAAACUAGGAUGAAUGAUUUGCACUGUCUGAACUUAGAUACUUGGACUUGGUCUGGAAGAAUUCAUACUAAUGGAGAGAAACCAAAACAUCGAUCUUGGCAUACUUUGACACCAAUUGCUGAUGAUCAGCUUUUUUUGUUUGGUGGAUUAAGUGCAGAGAAUAUUCCUUUAAGUGAUGGUUGGAUUCACAAUGUUAUAACAAAUGGUUGGAGACAGCUUACACAUUUACCUAAGACGAGACCCAGGUUAUGGCAUACUGCCUGUUUGGGAAAAGAAAGUGAAGUCAUGGUAUUUGGUGGUAGCAAAGAUGAUUUGCUUUUUAUGGAUACAGGUCACUGUAAUGAUUUAUUGAUCUUUCAAACUCAACCUUAUUCACUUCUUAGGUUAUGUCUUGACUGCAUUGGUAAAAACGCUGUCAUCUUAGAAAGUCAGAUAACUUUAUUACCUCCAAAGCUUCUUCAGCAAGUACUUAAAAAAAUAACAUUUUGGACUGCAGCUAGUCAUCGACAAGAACAAAGAGCUAAAACUGAAGAAACAGACAAAUAUCUUUGAAUUAACGUUGUUAUAUACUAUAUUUAUUUAAUAUGUUUAACUUUUUGGAAAAGAGUUUUAGUUCUGGUCUUCCCCCUAAAAAAAGUAGUAUUUGGGAACAAGAAAGCUACUUUUAGAAUUCUGUAACAUGAGAAAUGAUGGCCGUUAGCUGAAAAAUGGCAGAUUAAUUUAACCUUUCAAAUAAAUUAUAGUAAAGUUAUUCCUUUAGAAAGUUCAUAACCAACAACAUAGAAGAUAAGACUUUAUCCCACUGUUUGUUCUUCACUGAAAAUAUUAUGAAAAAUAUUCAGGAAAAUAAGAGAUUAGUCUAGGGACUUCAGAAAUCUGAAGAAAUACAUGUAACUUGAAACUCUACAUAUUGUACUUUUGUUACUGAGUUUUAGAGAGAAUAAAUUCUCUCAAGAAACUUAAUAAAAAAUCUUAAGUUUUUAUUUUAGCCUAAUUGCUUAUGUUAGCCAUGUAAAAAUAUAUGAAUAUUGGGAUGUGAUAUCUAACAUUGAACUGUCCUACAGCCUUUUCAGUACAUAUGUUUUUGAGACAUCUUUUAUUACUUUAAGCAUCUGCAGAGUAAAAUUGGCUAUAAUUGAUAUUAGAUGUCCAAUUAAUUUUGUGUUUAUCAAACAACAUGAGAACAGGAGUGAAAUAGCAAUUUAGUUGAGUAGUGUGGGUUCAUCAAAAAGUAGGUUAACUUACACAUCUUUAGAAUUUAAUUUACUUCAAAAGAAUGCUUCCUGUAAAAUUGUUAUGUGGUAUGAAAGAUCAUAAAGACUCAAUUACUUGACUCAAGAUAAGUCCCUUUCCUUAUUCCUUUCUAAAAAGCACAGGUGAUGCACAGGAUGCUUGAGUAAUGAAUAUAUGGUGUCUUCACUUUAAUCUCUAGUAUUGCUACUUAUGGAGAAAAGAUAGACUAGAUUAAUAUUAAUUAGUUCUUUAAACUCUGUUAAGAAUGUCUUCUUAGUGUGACCCAGUCUUUCAUUUUAUUUGAGUCUCCCACAGUCCCAAUUUUUAUUCCAGAAUUGAAAUUAUUCUCUGAAGCCAACAUACUGUUUUUGAAAUGUAUUAGCAUAAAAGCAUUUCUAUAUUGAAAUAUAAUUAGUAAUGCAAAUUGUAAUAUAGUUUGCUGUAUCUCUAAUCACUGAAAGUUUUUAGAGAUAUAUUUUAUAUAUAAUAGUGUAUUUUGGAUGUGUAAAACUUAUAUUUUUUGCAUGGAAGUAUUUUGUCUAAAUUUAUUUAUUGCACAAAAAUAUAGAAAAAUGACUAUUUUCCUAUUUUGGUCAGUAUUAACAGUUAUUAUUGUUAAUUGAGCAAAAAGACUUUUUGAGUGCUAAUGUUUCAUUACUUUCUGAAUAGCAGAUUUUGGAAGCAAGAUCUUUAAACAUGAUUUAUAUAUUAGAAGAAAUUUUUAUGGCUCUGUAAUAUAGUUGGGCCAUAUUUUCAUUUUGAAUUUGAUUAAGAAAAUAUUUAAUAGAAAUAAAAUUAGUGUUUGAGGGGAUACAGGUUCUAGGAAACCAAGGGUGUGGCCUCAGCUUUAAUGAAACCUCUUUUAAAAGCAUCUGAUUAUAUGUGCUCUUUGGAAAGUGAUUAAAAUUCUAAUUGCUGUUU